GCUUCGCUGCUGGGAUUGUCCGUUCAAUAAACAAACAGAAGCGAGAUCGAGGGAGAGAAAGGAACUUCGAAGCUGCGUUUCUUCAACCAACCGCCAUGGCUGCGUUUCUCACUCGAACAUCCUCACGUUUCUCUCAUCUACCAUCACCACAUCGCGUAGUUUCUCUCCACACAACCCUCCCUUCUCUAUCUACACCUACACCUUAUGCUCCACCUCCUCCCCCAUCGGCUACCUCUCCCGUCAGCGUUUCGAAAACGGCUGAGUACGUUAUCUCGAAGGUCGACGAUCUCAUGAAUUGGGCUCGUCGUGGUUCUAUCUGGCCCUUGACCUUUGGACUCGCUUGCUGUGCUGUAGAAAUGAUGCAUACUGGUGGUGCUCGUUACGAUAUGGAUCGAUUUGGUAUCAUUUUUAGGCCUAGUCCUCGUCAAUCUGAUUGUAUGAUUGUUGCUGGUACUCUCACCAAUAAGAUGGCACCCGCUCUUCGCAAGGUUUAUGACCAAAUGCCCGAGCCUAGAUGGGUUGUCUCCAUGGGAAGUUGUGCUAACGGAGGAGGAUACUACCACUACUCUUACUCUGUUGUCCGGGGAUGUGACAGGAUAGUUCCUGUUGAUAUUUAUGUUCCAGGCUGUCCUCCAACUGCUGAGGCUUUACUGUAUGGACUCCUCCAACUGCAGAAGAAGAUCAAUAGGCGCAAGGACUUCCUCCAUUGGUGGACACAGUGAGGUUGAUUAAGUUUAUCUCUUGGCAACAAGUUAUUCUAUAAUAAUCAUUUCAUGGUAGUUUUACCUUGCUAUGAAUCACCCUUUGUUUGGUGGAUAGUAUGUUGAUAUAUUACUAUCUUUCUGUAUGUUCUCUGGAAUUUUUUGGGGCUUAAGGUCUGGGAAAAGUUGAAUGUUUCUUAUAUGUUAAUGCUUCUUAUGUAUCUGGGAUGAAAAAAACACUUAUAUUUGGCUCAAAAGUUAUAAUGUUUAUGUUUGACCACUCUUGCUUUCUCCU